AUGGUGUCCAGCAAGUUUUCUCUCGUCGCCACGGCUGUUGCAGCCCUAGCUCCCCUGGCGUCUGCUUUCGAUGCCUCCUCGAGAUCCAACCUUGCCAUCUACUAUGGUCAAGGUCCUGACCAGCUCCGUCUGAGCCACUUCUGUCAGGAGACCUCCUUGGACAUCAUCAAUAUUGGAUUUAUCAACUAUUUCCCCGAUAUGAGCCCUGGAGAAUGGCCGGGCUCCAACUUUGGCAACCAGUGCGACGGUUCCACCUACAUUACUAAUGAUGGCGUUGUAACCAAGUUGCUGUCCGGCUGUCAUCAGAUCAUGGAGGACAUUCCCAUCUGCCAGGCGGCUGGUAAGAAGGUCCUGCUGUCCAUCGGUGGUGCCUAUCCCGCAGACCAGAGCAUCCUCUCCGAGGAGUCUGCCGUCGCGUUCGCCACUUUCCUGUGGGGAGCUUUUGGCCCAGUCGCUGAGGGUUGGGAGGGUCCUCGUCCCUUUGGGAAUGUCGUUGUUGAUGGCUUCGACUUUGACAUCGAGCACAACGGUGGUUUUGGCUAUGCUACCAUGGUAAACACCUUCCGUGAGUAUUUCGACCAAGUGCCAGACCGCAAAUUCUAUCUCUCGGCUGCUCCUCAGUGUCUCAUUCCCGAUGCCCAGCUCGGGGAUGCGAUCUUUAACUCCGCCUUCGACUUCAUCUGGAUUCAAUACUACAACACCGCUGCUUGCUCGGCCAAGAGCUUCGUCGACAACACUCUCGGAACGUUCAACUUCGACGCCUGGGUGACCACCCUCAAGACGACUGCCAGCCGCAACGCCAAGCUCUAUGUUGGUCUGCCGGCCAGUGAGACUGCGGCCAACGCGGGUUACUACCUUACUCCCGAGGAGGUGGAGUCCCUGGUUUCCACCUACAUGGACAAGUACCCUGACACCUUUGGAGGUAUCAUGCUUUGGGAGGCUACCGCAUCUGAGAACAACAAGAUCGAUGGCACCACCUAUGCCGACCACAUGAAGGAUAUCCUUUCGGACUGUGACCCGAGCCCUCCCGUAACCUCCUCCAGCGCUAUCCCAUCGAGCACUCCGGUGACUUCGGCCACACCUUCGCCAUCAAGCAGUGCUGUGCCUUCCAGCACCCCAAUUCCUUCCAGCACCCCUGUCGUCUCUGUGACCCCAUCGCCAUCUAGCAGUGCCGUUCCUUCAAGCAGCCCAAUUCCUUCCAGCACCCCUGUCGUCUCUGUGACCCCAUCGCCGUCUAGCAGUGCCGUUCCUUCCAGCACCCCAACUCCUUCUAGCACCCCUGUUAUUCCUGGAACAUCUGCUUCGAGCAGCCCUGUUUCCUCAAGUACCCCAGUUACCUUGAGUACUCCUGCUUCGUCCAGUACCCCGGUCAUUCCCGGUACUUCAUCCUCUAGCAGCACUGUCUCCUCUAGCAGCACGGUUGCUUCAAGCAGCCCUGUGUUUUUGAGCACCCCGGUCAUUCCCGGAACAUCUGCCUCGAGCAGCGCUGUUUCCUCAAGCACCCCAGUUGCCUCAAGUACUCCUGUUUCAUCCAGCACCCCGGUCAUUCCCGGAACAUCUGCUUCAAGCAGCCCUGUUUCCUCAAGUACCCCAGUUGCCUCGAGUACUCCUGUUUCGUCCAGCACCCCGGUCAUUCCCGGAACAUCUGCCUUGAGCAGCCCUGUUUCCUCAAGCACCCCAGCUGCCUUAAGUACUCCUGCUUCGUCCAGCACCCCGGUCAUUCCCGGAACAUCUGCCUCAAGUACUCCUGCUUCAUCCAGCACCCCAGUCAUUCCCGGAACAUCUGCCUCGAGCAGCGCUGUUUCCUCAAGCACCCCAGCUGCCUCGAGUACUCCUGCUUCAUCCAGUACCCCGGUCAUUCCCGGCGGCUCAUCCUCUUCUAGCGAGCCAGUCGCUUCGUCGACGCCUCUGAUUACCUUGACAUUGACAGUUUCGCCUACGCCCGUGCCCAGCUCAUCCUCCGCCUCCGGCACCCCCUCUACAAGCAAGCCUGUCAUCCCCAACACUUCGUCGACCUUUGGACAGUCCAGCGUCCCUGUUCCUUCCAGUGCUCCUCCCACCGGCUCUACGAGUGUCCCUGGCACCAGCUCGGGUGCGGUCGGCCAGUCAGGCUCCAGCUCCACCGGUGUGUCCAGCUCUACCCAGACUGACGUCGGCACUUCCCCGUCGCAAACCGCCGGCCCAUCGACAGCCGUCACUGCCACCACGUCCUCGUCUUCCUCUUCCACCGACAAGAGCUCUACUACUGUCGGCAGCGGCAACGGCAACGGCAGCGGCAAUGGCAGCGGAUCCACAACCACUACCGCUGCGACCGACUCCAUCACCGCUGUGCCUACCGCCAGCUCUUCAGUCGCCGCUACCGGCGCUAGCUCGGAGCCUGUGACCAUUACCACUGUUAUUGUGACUUCCUACAUCGAUAUCUGCCCUACUGGCUUCACCACUGUGACCACUACGUACACAACCACAUAUUGCCCGGGUACUAACACUGCAACCGCCACGGCCACCGUUACAAACCCUCCAUCUGGACCCGGUGGAGCCGGAUCGCAAACCCCAGCUCCCACUGUUCCCGAAGGCUGGACCACCACUGUGACCGUCUGCACUCAGUGCGCUGCCAAGCCAACCACCGUGACGUUGACGCUGCCUGUGACUGCCACCGAGACUGGAACUAAGUCGACUUCGACCGGCGUCGUGCCCGCACCCCCUGCCGCUACUGGCGAGGGAUCGAAUCCCACCCAACCAUCGGGUGUUUCCCCCAUCGGUGGUGCCGGCGGCUCUUCUGAAGGAGAGGUUCCUCCCCCAGCAGUGACUCACGUCAGCACGAGCACCAACAUCGUCACGGUGAUUCGUCCCACUUCGAGCCGCCCCGUGAUCCUCGGUACUGGCGCUGUCCGCCCUUCGUCGACACUGGCUGUGAAGCCAUCGGCCAAGCCAUCGGGUCAAACCUCUGGCAGUGGCUCUCACGUGCCCAUUCCUCCUAGCAGCACUCAAGAAGGUGUAUCGCCCUUGUCCACCGGUGCCGCCUCGCGCAUGGCUGGACUGGGCCACGGCUUGGUCCUCACGGUUCUCGCCCUGUCGGCGUUCUUCGUGUUGUAG